AUGUUCAGGUUCCUGUUGUUGACAAGCCUCGCCGCCAUGGCGUUGGCGGAGAUGAGGCCUGAGCCCAGGUACAUUGAGGACAUGAGUGAGAGGGUAGUGGGAGGAGAGGAUGCCCAGCCCAACUCUUGGCCUUGGCAGAUUUCUCUUCAAUACCGGUCUGGCUCGAGUUACUUCCACACGUGUGGAGGCACCCUGAUCGCUCCUGGAUGGGUCAUGACUGCCGCCCACUGUGUCGACAGGCCCAGCACUUACCGUGUGGUCAUCGGAGAGCACGACCUCAAGAAGGACAGCGGGAAAGAGCAGAUUAAGUCCGUGAGCAAGAUCCACAUCCACCCCAACUGGAACCCUUCCAGCGUCGCCCAAGGGUGGGACAUCGCCCUGCUACGCCUCUCUUCUGACGCCACCCUGAACAGUGAUGUCAAGCUGGGACUGCUGCCCCCUUCAGGCCAGAUCCUGCCCCACAACAACGUGUGCUAUGUCACUGGCUGGGGACGCACCUACACCGGGGGCCCCCUCCCUAACAUCCUGCAGCAGGCUGUGCUCCCCCUGGUGGGCCACAAGGAGUGCACUGCGUCCGACUGGUGGGGCAGCACUGUGAAGGACUCCAUGGUCUGUGGAGGAGGUGGAGACAAGGCCGGAUGCAAUGGUGACUCUGGCGGCCCCCUGAACUGUCUGGUCAAUGGCAGAUACCAGGUCACAGGAAUCGCCAGCUUCGUGUCUGGUUACGGAUGUAACUACCCCAAGAAACCCACCGUCUUCACCCGCGUCUCCGCCUACAUCAACUGGAUGGACUCGAUCAUGAACUGA